AGCGGUCAGUUUGCAGUGGUGAAGAAAUGCCAGGAGAAAAGCACAGGUGCGCACUACGCAGCGAAAUUCAUCAAAAAGAGACGUACCAAAUCAAGCCGGCGUGGCGUGACCCGGGACGAUAUUGAGAGGGAGGUCAGCAUACUGAAAGAAAUCCGACAUCCUAAUGUGAUCACGCUGCAUGAGGUGUAUGAGAACAAAACAGAUGUCAUUCUCAUUCUGGAGCUCGUUGCAGGCGGCGAGCUUUUUGACUUUCUUGCUGAGAAGGAAUCAUUAUCAGAGGAGGAAGCCACCGAAUUUUUAAAACAGAUCCUCAAUGGCGUCAAUUACCUGCACUCCCUGCAAAUUGCCCACUUUGAUCUUAAGCCGGAGAACAUCAUGCUUCUGGACAGAAAUGUACCUAAGCCAAGGAUCAAGAUCAUUGACUUUGGUCUAGCUCACAAAAUAGACUCAGAAAAUGAAUUUAAAAAUAUAUUUGGAACUCCAGAAUUUGUGGCUCCGGAAAUUGUGAACUAUGAGCCACUUGGUCUAGAGUCUGACAUGUGGAGUAUUGGAGUCAUAACUUAUAUUCUGUUAAGUGGAGCAUCUCCAUUCCUCGGUGAAACCAAACAAGAGACGUUGGCAAAUAUAUCUGCUGUCAGCUAUGAAUUUGAAGAUGAGUUUUUUAGUAGCACUAGCGAACUGGCCAAAGAUUUUAUUAGGCGACUUCUCGUCAAGGACCCAAAGUAG